AUGCGAGCGACGAUCUCGAGCGCGCGCGCGAGCGCACCGCGCGCGCGCGGUUCGAGCGACGCGCGAUCUCGCGGCGCGGUCGCGGCGCGCGCGUCGACGGAGACGAGGGACUCGAGCGCGCGUCGACGAGUCGUAUUCCUGUUCGCCUCGACGCUUUUCAGCGUAUCGAGCGCAAAGGCGCGCGCGAAGGCGCCCGUGAACGACGCCGUGAACGAAUCGGCGUACGUGAAAGAGCUCUUGCGACGCACGGAGGAGAAUAAGGACAGGAGACGGGUGGAGUUGCAGAAUAAGAAUUGCGCGCGCCAACGCGAGUACGGCGUCGGCGACUGCGCGACGGUGGACGAGGACACGUUGAGGGAUGCGAUGUCGAAAUCCAUCGAGCGGUUGGAGAGAAAGUGA